AUGCCUGCGUCAGAUCUAUACGAGGAAUUCCGGCGGCUAUCAAAGACGACGCCUGUCGUUGACGUCCACAACGACCUUCCCUACCAGCUCAGAUGGCAGCUGCACUACGAAAUCAACGAGGACAAGUUCCGGUUCGACGAGCCGCUCGUGUCGCAGACAGACCUGCGCCGCAUGAAGCAGGGCGGCGUCGGCGUCCAGUUCUUCAGCUGCUGGAUGGAUUACCCGAGUCCCGACGAGCUGUACCAGGAUUUUGAGAGACCCAACAGCAUUGUGCGGGACACGCUCGAGCAGGUCGACAUUAUCAAACGGCUCGUCGACAAGUACUCGCGGAGCAUGAAAUUUGUGACAAGCGCGGAUGAGGCGCUGCGCAGCUACCAGGAGUCGAACGGCGACAUGAUAUCUGUCACAAUGGGCGUUGAGGGCCUGCACCAGGUGGACACGUCGCUCGCCGUGGUGAGACAGUACUACGACCUUGGCGUGCGCUACAUCACGCUGACUCAUAACUGCGACAACCCGUUUGCCACCGCGUGCACGACCGUUAUUGCCGGCAAGGAGGACAAGGGCCUCACCUCGUACGGCCGCGACUGCAUUCGCGAGUUCAACCGCAUCGGCAUGAUGGUGGACCUGAGUCACGUGUCGUACAAGACGAUGGUGGACGUUUUGGAGAUUGCGCGGGCGCCGGUGAUUUUUUCGCACAGCUCGGCGUACACUCUGACAAACCACGAGCGGAACGUGCGGGAUGACGUGCUGCAGAUGGUAAAGACGAACGGCGGCGUUGUGUGUGUGGAUUUUGUGCCCAACUUCAUCAAGAAGCCCGACGCUGCCGACGCGUCGAUCGACGACUGCGUCGACCAUGUGCUGCACAUUGUCAACCUCAUUGGCUGGGACCAUGUGGGGAUCGGGUCGGAUUUCGAUGGCAUGGGUGCCACGGGACCGAAGGGAUUAGAGGAUGUGUCUAAAUUCCCCGACCUCGUCGUCAAAGUGUGGGAAAAGUCCGGAGCGUCGCACGAGGAUAUCCGCAAGUUUAUGGGGCUGAAUGUGCUGCGUGUGUGGAAAGAGUGCGAGCUGGUGUCUGAGGCACUGAAGAACGAGCUGCCCGUCGAGGCAAACUGGUCGGGCAGACAGUGGCGAUUCCCGAAGUACAUCACGCUGUGUCCGGAGUUGUUUCCCGGCGCGGCGACUGCGAAAUCGACGCCAGACAUGUUCUACGACGCGAAACGGUACACGUUCAAGGACGUGGAGGGCGAGUACGAUCCUAAAUAA